UUUUAAACUAAUCGUUUAUUGAGAAAGACGUAAAGUGCGAUUUACUAAGCAAUCGAAAUGAAUUUGUUUAAAACUAUAGUUACAAUAAUUUUUAUAUUUAAACUAACAACUGCUGAUCUAAUAAUUUGUGAUAAUGAUGACUGCAAACGUCCAGGUGUUUUAACAAUGGAUUCAUUGUACUCGGAAUUAAAAACCAUUGUAGAAGGAAAUCGAAAUACAACAAAAUAUCUUCAGGACCUUAAUGAAAGGAUCGACAUUAAAAUCGACACCCUAACUAGAGAAAUCAAAAAUAUCAAACAUGUCCUUCAUGAGCAAAGCAAGAAACUGGCUAACAAGUCUGCCGAUUACAGUAUCUAUGAUAAUUUGUGGAUUGUUGUGCAGAGACGUCAAGAUGGCACCAUCGAUUUCUACAGAAAUUGGACAGAUUACAAACUGGGAUUUGGCAAUCCAUUUGGUGAAUUUUUUGUGGGUCUAGAUAAAAUUCAUGAGCUCACAAAUGACAGACCCCAUGAACUGCUCGUUAUGUUAGGGGAAUUUGAUGGUCACGUGAAAUAUGCCCACUACGAUCACUUUUUGAUUGGUAAUGAAACGGAACAAUAUAUUUUGAAAAAGUUGGGAAAAUAUAGAGGCACAGCUGGGGAUCAUUUAAGGUCGCAUUUGAAUAUGUUUUUCUCCACCAAAGACAGAGACAACGAUGUGGCCGAUGAUGGUAAUUGUGCGGAGUGGUUCAAGGGUGCCUGGUGGUAUUAUCAUUGUUUAACAAGCAACCUUAAUGGACCCUACAAUACUAUUCGCAAUCUGACCGAGACUACAAGAGGCAUUGGUAUUACUUGGGGUUCUUAUGAUGAUAUACUAUUUUCAUUCAAAUCAACACAAAUGAUGUUACGCGCAAAGAAAUAAAUUUGGUAUUUUAAGAAAAUGUUAAAAUAAACUUGACAAAUUUUACUUUUUCCCCUUCCCGGGAGGAAAUUAAAAAAUCGUUUCAUUCCCGGAAAUUUUUUAAUACUAAAUUAAACCAAAAACCAGAAAUUUUUUUUCGAAUAACCUGAACUGAAUAAACAAAUUAGAACCACUAUUAUUGUAAUUAUUUUCUCUAAAAAUGAAUAAUAUUCAUUGAAUAUCCCUAAAAAUUGUAAUGUUAGACAUCAUAAUAAUACCUUUAAGAGCAUAAACUUUAAUAACCAAAUUUUUCUGCUGUGGCUGGAGCAACAAAUUUGACCAU